AAACAGGGCUAGAGCGCAGCGAAAAAGCAGAUUCAGUUCCCACUGCAUGUGACAGCCCUACUCUGGGGCGGACCCCCCGGUGAACCCAAACCACCUCCCCCCCCCAUCCCCACUCGGGGCCACACCCCUAGGCUUCACCACCACGGAGAAGAGGUGAUCCGCACCCUUGGGACGGGAGCGGGUGGCCCAUGCUGACCUCACUGACCAGACUCUGGGCGUGGGACGGUCAGGCGCAGAGACCCGGGCCGGGCCACUCUCAGGGAAGGGUACGGGGGCCAGUCCCCCAGGGCUCGUCUGCCUCCCGGAGUCAGCCACCAGGUGAGCCCCGGGCUCUGGAAGAGGCCUCAGAGGCCGGGGAGGGGAAUGGGCAGGAUGCGGAGCCGGCCCCAAGGUCUCGGGUGGUGUCCCUUGGGGCCAGGAACCGCGGCAGCUGGAGACCCUCCCCAACAUGCUUUUGGAGGGGCUUCCUCUUCCUCCUCCUCUUCACCACAGUCUUCCUCCUUACCUUCUUCUACACCCCAGACUGGGGGCAGGAAACAUGGGGGUGGACCGCUAGGGUCUGGAGAGCGAAUGGGACCGGAGGAGGCCCGGGACUCACGGCCACGGCCAAGAAGUACCCGAGACCAGUUAAAAUGGACGGGGGCCUGUGGACAAUCAAGCCCCAGGGCCGUCUGGGUAACCAGAUGGGGGAAUACGCCACCCUGUUCGCACUGGCCCAGGCUAACAGACGACCAGCCGCCAUCCUCCCGGCCAUGAAAGACAGCCUGGCCCCGCUGUUCAACAUCACCCUGCCGGUCCUCUCUGAGGACGAGGCCAGAGCCAUCCCGUGGGAGGACUACUGGAUCCACGACUGGAUGUCGGAGGAAUACCGCCACAUUCCGGGCCGGCACGUGAAGCUGACAGGCUACCCUUGCUCCUGGACCUUCUACCACCACCUGCGGGCCGAGAUCCGCCGUGAGUUUACGCUCCACGAGCCGCUGGUCCGCAAGGCCCAGGCCUCGCUGCGGCGGCUGCGAGAGGAGUGGGAGCGGUCACGGUGCCGGAGCCCGGGGGGCUGCCCGCCCGGGGACCCCACGUUCAUAGGGGUGCACGUGCGCCGCGGGGACUACGUGGAGUUCAUGCCGCAAUACUGGAAGGGCGUGGUGGCCGACCGUGGCUACCUCCAGCAGGCCCUGGACCACUUCCGCCGGCGCUACGAGCACCCGCUCUUCGUGGUCACGAGCAAUGGCAUGCAGUGGUGCCGGGACAACAUAAACGUCUCCCUUGGGGAUGUGGUCUUCGCCGGAGACGGGGUAGAAAGCCACCCGGCCACAGACUUUGCCCUGUUGGUCCAGUGCAACCACACUGUCAUGACCAUAGGGACCUUUGGGAUCUGGGCCGCCUACCUAACCGGGGGUGAGACGGUUUACCUGGCCAACUACACUUUGCCUGACUCGCCCUUCCUGAAAGUUUUUAAGCCCGAGGCCGCCUUCCUCCCUGAGUGGAUCGGGAUCGCGGCUGACCUGUCGCCUCUGCGCAGCACUGAGCGGAGUUGGGGGGCUCAGGAGGGGAAUACGGUCCAGUCGUGACUCUAUCAGGGUCCCUCCCUCCGCAAGGCCGCCCCCAGGCAGCCAGCCCACCCCCCACCUCCAUCCAGGCCGAUCGAAGACCCUGGCCACAAGAAGAGGCAAUAGAUAUGACCUUCUUCAUUCAGUGUCCUCUACAGAAGCAGCAUGGCCUAAUGGAUAGGGAAUGAGCCAGAGGACCUGGCU